AUGAGUGAUACUUCAGUUACAAAUGAAAGAACAAAUGAUCUUCCAGUUGCUCAUGUAUCAGUAAAUGUAACAAUUGAUGAUGAUUGUACGGUAAUCAACAAUGCUGGAGAAGUAGGCCAAAGUGAUUCAAAUGAUCAAUCUUCUCAUGAAGAAAAAAUGUUUUAUUCAAAAGUCAACUGCUAUGAAUCACGAUUAAAAUUUGUAGAAAAAGUGAUACUAUCUUUAGACUACUAUCAAAAAAUAUUAUUUGCUGUUAAACUAGCAAAAGGUGGAAAAACGGCUUGUAUUGACAAUAAAUUUUAUAAUUGGUGCAAGAAGCACUUCAAAAUUAAUAAUACUGCAGGUCAUGAUAUACUGGUUUCAUUAAAAAACGACAGAAGAAUUGUUUUCACUGAAUCAUAUUUUACUAUUUUAAAAGAUAUCCAUGAAAAAACAGGUCAUGGUGGAAGAGACAAAAUGCGAUAUGAAUUUAGCCACCACUAUUAUUGGUUACCCUCUACAGUUAUUGAUUUAUUUUUGCAAUGUUGCGUUUCUUGCCAACUUAGAAAACCUGUUAAGAAUCCUGUAGUAUCAACAGCUAUCAUAUCGAUCGGGUACAUGACAAGACUACAAAUGGAUCUUAUUGAUCUUCGUACUCGUCCUGACAAGGAUUUCCAAUGGAUAUUACAUUGCAGAGACCAUUAUUCUAAAUAUUCAUGA